AUGGCGAGCAUCAAGGCCUCAUUGAAGGCUAUUAACGAUGCUAUUCGCCAACAGAAAUGGGACGACGCCUUGACACAGGCCGAAAAUGUCAUUAGUAGAGAUGCAAAUUCCUACCAAGCCUACGUAUUCAAGGCAUUCGCCUUAGAUAAGAAGAACCAGCCAGAACUAGCCGAAGAUGCGUAUAAGACAGCUAUUAGCAUUCGAUCCGAUGCUCAAGCAUGGCAAGGCUUAGUCAAGAUUUACGAGAAGCAAGGACCAAAAGCUAUCCAAAAGUACCAAAAGGCUGCUCUUAAGCUUGCUGAGAUCUUUAGAGAUGCCAAUGAGAUGUACAAGUGUCAAGAUGUUAUUGACAAGUUCAUCGACUUCGCCCGUACCCGUGGUGAUCGGACUCAAUACAUUCAAGCCCUUCGUCUCAUACUUCCUAAUAGUCCCAUCUAUCCCGCUCUCGAGGGUCGUGUUCCUCAUCCCGCCAAAACUUACGAAACGAUAGCUCAAAUCUUAGAGGUCGAUGAAAAGAAACGGAUCAAUACGCUCAUUGGCGAACGGCGUACGAGAUUAGGCGCCAAAAUCAGCGAGGUGACCGUUGAGGUUAAUCGUGAAGUACUAUGUCAGAGCGAGCUAGGCGAAAUCUACGAGCAGCUCAUCCUCUGGAUUCAAGAUGAUGAUGUUAGGCGUCAGUACGAGGAAAAGUUACUCCAAUUUCGAUAUGACCGCCUUCUAGUUACUGCGCCACCAAACAAAGCUAGCGAGCUCCAAGUUGUGCAGAAAUUAGCAAACGAUAUGGUUAUCAUCAAACACCCCUUCAAGCUCGCAUGGGAUAUCGCAAUUGAGUGGCGGGACCAUAAAGAGAUCAAGGAUUGGGACGUCAAUGUGCUCAAUGAAUACUGUUCCUUUUUUCCUAAUUCUGACCUCUAUCGUGUCUUAACUGGGUUUAUGACAAGCGACUUAUCUCCUUUCCCGAAAAAAGAGCCAGAAGCUCCAGCUACUGUACCUACAUCCGAGGCCGAUGAUGAAAGCGAAGACGAUGAAGACGGCGGCGCGCCAACAUCGGUGGUCCCUUACACUGAUGAAGAUAGACUCUUGAUGAUGUCAGAAGGGAUUUCAACUACCAAUUCUUUACUCGCUCACAGAUUGAUGGGGGAGUACUAUCAGCACUUAGAAGAACAUGAAAGCAACGUUGAGCUCAUGAGAAAGGCUAUGAAAAUCAUGAUCACAGAAACCGAAAAGACCGGGAAGAUUUUUACGAACGCUAAUCAAUCUUUCAUGCUCUAUUUAGGCACUGCGUUAGUAUUUUAUCAGUCUCCCAGAAACCACGGCGAAGCAAAGUUCCUUUUCGAUAAGGUACUCGAGGUAGAUCCUACGUCAACUUCUGCUAUGAUUGGUGUUGGUCUUAUCUACGAAGAAGAGGAGGAGUACGAUCAAGCAAUUGAGUUCUUAGAACGCGCACUCAAGGGUGACAGUGCCAAUCUCCGUGUACGUGCAGAGGUUGGCUGGCUAUUUUCACUGAAGGGCGACUAUACACGUGGCAAGGCAGAGCUCGAAUCUCUCCUACCACUCAUGACGCGUGCUUCGGUUUCGAAAGAUUUGUUAGCCCAGACGCAAUAUCGUUUAGGUUGCUGUAUUUGGAAUCUCGACACCUCGAAAGCUGCUAGGAAGAACCGCAACGGCGCGUAUGCGUACUUUUUAGAUGCGCUAAGGAGCAAUUUCAGUUAUGCACCGGCAUACGGUAGUCUCGGGAUCUACUAUGAAGAUUAUGCGAAAGAUAAGAAGAGGGCCCGAAGAUGUUUUCUCAAAGCCGUAGAGCUUUCUUCCGCAGAAGUCGAGUCUGCCGAGAGGUUGGCACGGUCGUUUGCCGACGACGGAGACUGGGAUCGGGUUGAGUUAGUGGCGCAGCGAGUAGUAGAUUCAGGCAGAGUCAGACCACCUCCUGGAUCAAAGAAGAAAGGAAUCAGCUGGCCUCUUUCUGCAUUAGGGGUCGCGGAACUAAAUAAGCAAGAUUAUUCCAAGGCUAUCGUUUCAUUUCAACAUGCUUUGCGGAUAGCACCCGAAGAUUACCAUUCGUGGGUCGGUCUAGGGGAGAGUUAUCAUAGCUCCGGAAGAUAUAUCGCCGCAACAAAAGCAAUUCAGACUGCGCAGAAACUGGAAGAGAAGAUGGAUCACGGUAAGAUCGGCGACACUUGGUUUACCAAGUAUAUGCUGGCUAAUGUCAAGCGUGAACUUGGUGAAUUCGACGAAGCCAUCGCCUUGUACCAUGGGGUUAUUUCAACCCGACCAGAAGAGGAAGGCGUCGCAAUAGCUAUGAUGCAGACCAUGGUCGAAAAUGCUUUAGAUUGCGUCGAGAAAGGUAUAUUUGGUAAAUCAAUCGAACUAGCGACCGAUACUUUGACUUUUGCGCUCACUGUGCCUACAAAGAUCACCAGCACGUUUAAUUUCUGGAAGGUGGUUGGCGAUUCAUGUUCCAUUUUUGCUUCUGUCCAGAGUCGAUUACAUGAUUUUCCGACUGACAACGUCCGGAAACUACUUGACCUUGGUGCAGGAGACAAGUCUGCGUACGCGAUACUGCAAGAUGCCGAUAACGUGGGCAAAGAAGUUAUUUUUGCUGAAGGCAUCUUUCCAGAUGAUGAGCAGCUUGGGGUAGAUCUUACGCGAUGUCUGCAUGCCACCAUCUUAGCCCACAAGCGAGCAAUUCAUGAGUCGGCCAACGAUAUUCACGCUCAAGCGGUUGCAUAUUACAACUUGGGCUGGGCCGAAAACCGUGCACACCUUUGCCUCCCUUCGCAUCUCCGAGUUCAGUCCAGUAGAUACCAGAAAGCUGCUGUCCGGUGCUUUAAACGUGCAAUUGAGCUAGAGGCUGGGAAUCCGGAAUUCUGGAACUCACUAGGUGUUGUCACGAGCGAGAUAAAUCCAUCCGUGGCGCAGCAUGCAUUUGUCCGGAGCCUGUUCCUUAAUGAAAGAAGCCCGCAUGCAUGGUCGAAUCUUGGCACUCUUGCACUACUCCAGAAUGACAUUCAACUCGCCAAUGAAGCCUUUACGCGAGCACAGUCUAAUGACCCCGAUUAUGCCCAUGCCUGGCUGGGUCAAGGCUUUGUCGCCCUUCUUUACGGUGAUCCUAAAGAAGCUCGCAGUUUAUUCACCCAUGCAAUGGAUAUUUCUGAGUCGUCUUCACUAUUAACCAGACGCCAAUACCCAAUGUCUCUAUUCGACUAUAUACUCACAAGUCCGUCAGAUUUAAGUGUUUCGUCUCUAAUCCAACCACUAUUUGCACUCACCCAAUUGCGUCGUCUCAAUCCUCAAGAUCUUUCGUAUCAGCAUCUAUCGACGCUAUACCAAGAGCGAACGAACGACAGCCUCAGAGCAAUAGACACUCUCGAGAAGGCGUGCGAGAAAUUGGAGAUGAGUUACGAAGCCACCGAGUCCGCAGAGUCGCUCGGGCGGUUUGCCCUAGCCAAAACGGACCUGGCUCGAUCUUAUCUCUCGGCUGCUCGAUACGCAGAAGCUAUUGACUGCGGUGAAAUGGCUUUGCAAUUAAGCAGCGAUGAGUCCGCAAACGAACUAACAGCCGAACAACGCAGAAAAGCUAGAUUAUCAGCACACUUGACGGUGGGUUUAGCAGAGUAUUUCUCCAAGAACAUUGAUGCAGCCGUGUCGUAUUUUGAAACAGCAUUAAGUGAAUCCAACGGCAAUCCAGAUGCAGUUUGCGUUCUAGCUCAAAUGCUAUGGGCUACGGGUACGGAACAUGGUCGAGAAAGAGCCCGCACCAUUCUAUUUGAUGUGAUAGAGAAGGACUUAAGCCACGUACAAUCCGUGCUUCUUCUAGGUAUCAUAGCAUUACUUGAUGAAGAUGAGGAGUCUCUGGACGCCGUUGUCUCGGAACUUCAAACACUCCGUACCAAUGAUAAAGUUACUGAUACAGAGCAUUCCCAAAUUGGAGAAGUAUUCCGCGCCGUAGCCGCCCUAUCGCAGAACAGCACAGGGGACGAUAUUCUUACUCAGCUUCAAAACGACGUUAUGUUAUACCCGCACCUCCCACAUGGAUGGUCGAGGUUAGCCGAGGUUAGCGGGGAAGAAUAUCCAGCAGAUAUGGCCUUGAACGUGGCAUUGAAGGCUAUGCCGCCGAGGGGAGAACUAGGUGCUAUAGAUCUUGCCGAUGCAUAUGCCGGAACUGGCAAGGCUUCCGAUGCUCAGACGGCGAUCUUCGUAGCUCCUUGGAACUGCAGUGGCUGGGAGUCUCUGAGUAGUGCAGUUAACUGCUGA